AUGGCCCUGCAGCUGGGCGGGAUUAGUCUUCCCGCGCCCCAGACAGUUGGAGCAGCUGCGUCCCUGCCGGAUCCUGGCCAGCACGGAGGUCCAAACGAUAGGGACGUCGCUCUCCCAGAGGAGGUGACGCCACAAGCGCCCGGCGCAGCCGGCUGUGGCUCUCUCAGCGGGCUGAGUGGAGUCCCGACAGAUCCCAGACCGGCUCAGUACAGCCCCCAACCCAAGCAGCCCGAGCGGUCUUGCAGCCACAGCAGGGGCAGCAGUGCCAAGAUGCCCUUGGAAGACUGCGGGCUGCUGGUGGAGAAGGAACUUUCCGCGAGGAAGUUCUACCAUUUCAAAGCUUUACAGAUGUAUGACUAUGCCGAUACGCGACACAUAAUGCUGUCUGGAAGAAAGAUGCUUCUCUGGCACCUAUCUGACAAAAAGGCUCUUGGUUGUCCCCUCUUUAUCCUGCUUCUUCUCUGCAACACUCCUGAAGGGGAUGGGUACUUCCUGGGAGGGUCCAAGGCGGUGUUUCCGAGCGGCUGUAGUCAGACCUGGACAAUCGCGGAAGACGUGCACGUACCCCAGCUCACACAGCUGACUGUGUGUGUGGACAUCAGGCUCCGAGCCUCUGGAGACUGGACCGCUUUCACGUACAGCACAACGCAGUCCCAGUCGCAAGACCUGGCCAUCACUGGGGAUAAGAAAAAUGUUUACGUGUGGCUAUUGGGCGUGCAGUUUCCGUUCCCCGUGAACCUCUCCUUAAAUAAUUGGUACCACGUUUGCCUGAAGCUAAAUGGACAAAAACAGAGCAUCAGUCUUGACAUCAAUGGAUCCCCCUCGGUGCUGAAGGUCAACACCACCGUUGUGCCUCCAGGGGGCGCCCUGGUGCUGGGCUGCAAAGAUAGCUCCACACAGCGGCCUUCCCAAAAUCCCGGGCAGGCAGAGCUGUACCUUUUCCGGGUGUGGAGUGAUAUCAACAGCCACGGCACCUGCGAAGAUGGGAAUGUCAUCGGCUGGGAUUCGGAGCAGUGGAUCUUCAGUAAGGAGACGCUGGUCCCCGACGCCUCCCUGACAUGCAGUCUCACUUCAACCACAGUGCCCCCUGUGGCUAAUCCUUCCCAAGGAUACAAACGUGUUAGACGCCAAGCUUCAGGGUCUACCUCCACUGCCCCCUCUGCAAACACCCCCAGUACGACAACACAGGCUGUAUCAGGGUCAGGUGCAACCGUAUACAGUGCAGCUACUCCUUCAGCUCCUGCAGCACAGUAA